ACCAUGUUCCGAUUUGUGGUUUUAGUAGCAACUUUGGCUUGCGCCUUCGCCGCUCCAUCAGCUGAUGCUGAUUUGAGCUGGAGGAUCGUUGGUGGCAACAAAGCCCCAGCUGGUGCCUUCCCAUACCAAAUCUCUCUUCGUGGAAUCUUCGGUGGCCACUCCUGCGGUGGUUCCAUCAUCAACGACCAAUGGAUCUUGACUGCUGCUCACUGCGUCCAAGGCUCUUCCCCAUCUUCCCUCAACGUUGUCGUUGGUAGCAACCAAUUGAACGCUGGAGGUGAAAAGUACAAGGUCAGCAAAGUUAUCUACCACGAAAACUACGAUAGCAACGCCAUCAAGAACGACGUCGCCGUUCUUAAGUUGGAGAAGCCCCUUACCUUCAGCAAGACCGUCCAACCAAUUCCAUUGGCCAGCAGCAGCAUUGGUGCUAACGAAGACUGCGUUUUGAGCGGUUGGGGAACCACCACCUACCCAGGAAACACUCCAAAUGAUUUGCAAUUCAUCAACUUGAAGACCUUGUCCGUCAAGGACUGCCAAGAGCGUCAAGCACCAAACCCAGUCUUCGACUCCCAAGUCUGCACCUUCACCCAGAAGGGACAAGGCGCUUGCCACGGUGACUCCGGCGGUCCAUUGGUCGCUGGUGGAAAGCAAAUUGGUAUCGUCUCUUGGGGACGUCCAUGCGGCAUUGGCUACCCAGAUGUUUUCACCAGGGUCUACUCUUUCUUGAGCUGGAUCGAAAAGAACAUCAAGAACUAAAUUGCACACACUCUCACACACACACAAAUAAAAUCUAUAAAAUAAAAUAAAAAUUUACUACAUA